AUGUUGGUCGGUGGCAUUGUGGUAGGUUUGAAUAUUUUUAGAAACGCUUGAGCUAGAGCAUGGUUAAGGUAAGGUAAGCUGUGAUAGAAUAAAGGUAGAGUAGAACAAGGUAAAAUACCGUAUUGUAAAAUAGGAUAUAACAAGGUAAAAUACCAUAUUGUAAGAUAGGGUAAUGUAGGGUAGGGUAGGGUAGGGUAGGGUAGGGUAGGCUAGGGUAGGGUAGGGUAGGGUAGGGUAGGGUAGGGUAGGGUAGGGUAGGGUAGGCUAGGGUAGGGUAGGGUAGGGUAGGGUAGGGUAGGGUAGGGUAGGGUAGGGUAGGGUAGGGUAGGGUAGGGUAGGGUAGGGUAGGGUAGGGUAGGGGUAGGGUAGGGGUAGGGUAGGGUAGGGUAGGCUAGGGUAGGGUAGGGUAGGGUAGGGUAGGGUAGGGUAGGGUAGGGUAGGCUAGGGUAGGGUAGGGUAGGGUAGGGUAGGGUAGGGUAGGGUAGGCUAGGGUAGGGUAGGGUAGGGUAGGGUAGGGUAGGGUAGGGUAGGGUAGGGUAGGGUAGGGUAGGGUAGGGGUAGGGUAGGGUAGGGGUAGGGUAGGGUAGGGUAGGGUAGGGUAGGCUAGGGUAGGGUAGGGUAGGGGUAGGGUAGGGUAGGGUAGGGUAGGGUAGGGCAGGGUAGGGUAGGGUAGGGUAGGGUAGGGUAGGGUAGGGUAGGGUAGGGUAGGGUAGGGUAGGGGUAGGGUAGGGUAGGGUAGGGUAGGGUAGGGUAGGGUAGGGUAGGGUAGGGCUAGGGUAGGGUAGGGUAGGGUAGGGUAGGGUAGGGUAGGGUAGGGUAGGGUAGGGUAGGGUAGGGUAGGGUAGGGUAGGGUAGGGCAGGGUACUAUAGCAAAUUAUCGUUUUGUUUUAGGACUGUCUAGGCGGUUCACAACAAGCGUUCACUCAUUUCAUCAACUCCGAUUACUUUAUGGUGCAUAUACGACCAUUAUUAAAAAAGAAGUUUACGUGGGGUUUUACACCGUUAUGUUACUUGAUGUAUCAUUGCAUGUACUCAGCACAAAUAACACCUGUUUUAAUGGCGUAUAAUCGGAUGUGUAGCUUGUGCUUCCCUCUAAAAUACAAUAUGGUACGUUUUGAGUAUAAGGUAUUAUUUAACAUAGUUACUGCGCAAAGGUGCUACGUGGUCAAACUCUAAAAAUUUUUUAUGCGUUUGUUUCGGCGUAUUUUACAAAACAUUUUUUAGCUUUGGAAGCACUACAAGAUAAUAUUGUUUGUAGCCUAUGCCAUAUUACCGUAUUCUUUAGCGUUUUACUUGCCUUUCAAUAAAGCUGGACUUACUUUUGAUAACACAACAUUAUGGUUUAAUUAUACUGGAUUUGAUUAUGACCAUACGUUUACUCUUGGGGUAAGUAAAGCUUUUGAAAAUUUUUUUAAUUUUGAUUUUUUUGACUUUAAAAUUCUGUAACUUGUAAAAUACGUCGUAUACUGUAAUGGAAUUUAAAAUAGUAAGUUGAUACAGUAGUUGCUGUUACACUGUAAAAAAUUUCUUUGUUAUGAGUUGUACUGAUUGAGUACGACUAGUUUUUGUCUCUGAAGCGAGUCUCAACUACAAUUUUUUUUUGUUUUUAGCCUAUAAAACCUAAAAUGCGAUGCUUACGAGAAUAAAAUUUUACAUACUCAAUAAAUAUAGUCUUAUCUGUUAUUGGAUACAAAAUUACAGUAUUUUAAUUCGUACUGAGUUGGUUCAUUUGUUUUUAAAAACGACCACUCUUUUCUACCAUACCCUGUUUCAGAUUGUAGACGCUGAAGUCACUCAAUAUUUAUCGGUUAUAUGUGCAUUAUUGGGUGUAACUUGUAAUUUUAUCAACGUUUGCAUGUUAAUACGGCAUAGAAUAAACGGCUACAUUACGGGUAAACGUGAAGUCAAUUUUGUUAUAUGUUGUACUAUCAACUUCAUAGCUCAAUGCUUGGUGGCGGCUGGCCAGGUAAGCUGGUUUUUGAUUUUUUUUUGAAGUAUGGCAUAGCGUGAGCUUGAGCCUGAAAUUGAAGUUGGGCUUGAUCUUAAUGUUUAGCUUGAGCCUGAGCCUGAGCUUGAGCCUGAGCCUGAGCCCAAGCUUUAGUCUUAGUCUAUUAAAAAAGAUCAUUUCAGUACAUAUUCAUAUCCGGAAUAGUAAAUAUCUACGUUGCUUUGCGGUUCAUAUUGCCAGUAACAAUCGGAUCACAUUUUGUAUUACCUGGUUUGGUCAUAGUGGCAUCAAUUGCACCGUUGCGACAUGCUGUUCUCAGACCAUUUAUGACCAAAAAGAGUGCUGUUAUGUUCUUGAUGAAUGCUGGGUCUUCAAAGUAAGCUUUUGAUAACAAAAAUUGUAUUGCUACAGGGCUAACAAGUUAAAAUUUUUUUUGAAGUUUAAAGCUGGAUUUUUUAACUAAAAAACCAGUUUUUCAGAUAAAAAAAAAACAAAUUUUUUGGCUAGAAAACCCCACUUUUUGGCUAGAAAAUCCCAUUUUUUGGCUCAAAAAACCGAUUUUUUGAUAAAUUUUCAAGCUUUUAAGACUGUUUUUAAGAAUAUUGUAUAAGACAAGUUACAAGAAAGUGAAAUAUUACAAUUUUUAGACACAGAAAAAUAAAAUACGCAAAUUAUUGAUAUCGAUCUUUUAGUUUUACAAACUCAGCCUCAGCACCGAACAUAGAAAGAAGUGGACCACAAGGAUAUGUGAAGUCAACUCUAAAUCAAUAUUCACAAUGA